AUAAUUGAAAGCUUAUCGACCUGAAGAACCGUCGCGGAAAGCUGGGCAUAACAUAUUAACAACAUCGGACGAGAAUCCGACGAGGUUUGCGUUCGAAGCCUCCAGAUUGUGGCUAAGCAGCGACUGAAUUGAUCUAUAAAGAUUGGGUUUCGCUAAGCUUGUUUCUGGUUUUCUGUUAUCUUGGAUCUUCAUCGAGUUCAAUCCAUGGCAGACGGGAACGAGGAUAAUCAAUGCAAGAGUCCAAUGGUAUCAACAGAUGUUAAUGUAUCCACCGCAGACAAAAUUAAAGAGAGGUGUACGGACCAGAGAGAAGCCCUCGUGGGGGAGCCUAAAUGUGUUAUGUGUGGCCGCUAUGGAGAGUAUAUAUGUGAUGAGACAGAUGAUGAUAUUUGCAGUUUGGAAUGUAAACAAGCCCUCCUAUGCAGGGUUGUCAACUCACAAUCAUUAGUUGGUAUCCAAACUCCUAAAAUAUUACCUGCAACUGAUGAGUGUUUUUAUGUUAGAGAGAACAGUAACUCAGGAUCUCAAUCUUUAACCAUGGAUGAGACUAAGUCGCUUAGAAGCAAACUUGAAAUUCAGGUGAGGGGUGAAUUGGCCGUGGCACCCAUCUUAUCAUUCUCUUCAUGUAAUCUUCCUCAGAGGCUUCUUCAAAAUAUAGACACGGCAGGAUAUGACAUGCCCACACCUGUGCAGAUGCAAGCAAUCCCAGCUGCUUUGAUAGGCAAAAACCUUCUUGUUUCGGCUGACACGGGCUCAGGGAAAACAGCUUCCUUUCUCAUUCCUAUUGUUUCUCAUUGUGCAAAUAUUCGCCUUGAGAGGUCCUCAAACUGGAAAAAUCCAUUAGCAAUGGUUCUAACACCAACUAGGGAGCUCUGUAUACAGGUUGAAGAACAUGCCAAGUUACUUGCAAAGAGUUUGCCUUUCAAAACUGCACUUGUUGUUGGUGGUGAUGCUAUGGCUGGUCAACGACAUCGCAUUGAGGGAGGAGUGGAACUAAUCAUUGGAACUCCAGGGAGGCUUAUUGAUCUUUUAUCCAAGCAUGAUAUUGAACUAGAUGAUGUAAAGAUAUUUGUACUGGAUGAGGUGGAUUCUAUGCUUCAAAGGGGUUUCCGAGAUCAGGCCAUGCAAAUCUUUCAGGCUCUAUCACAACCCCAGGUCUUGAUGUAUUCAGCAACAAUCUCCCAAGAGGAAGUAAAGAUGGCUAGCACUAUGGCGAAAGAUAUUGUUUUCAUCUCUGUUGGCAAGCCUAACAGACCAAGUAAGGCUGUGAAGCAGCUAGCUAUCUGGGUUGAGUCAAAGAAUAAAAAGCAAAAGCUUUUCGACAUUUUAAUCAGCAAGAAGCAUUUUAUGCCACCUGUUGUGGUGUAUGUUGGUUCGAGAGUUGGGGCAGAUCUCCUAUCUGAUGCAAUUGCAGUCAGCACUGGGAUGAAAGCUUUAUCAAUCCAUGGGGAAAAGUCCAUGAAGGAGAGGAGAGAAAUCAUGCGGUCAUUUUUAAUGGGAGAGGUUCCUAUUCUUGUGGCCACUGGGGUUUUGGGUCGUGGUGUUGAUCUCUUGGCUGUGAGACAGGUAAUAGUGUUUGACAUGCCUAAUUCCGUCAAGGAGUACAUCCAUCAGAUAGGGAGGGCGUCCAGAUUGGGAGAGGAGGGCACUGCAAUUGCAUUUGUGAAUGAAGAAAGUAAGAAUAUAUUUCCAGAGCUGAUUAAGAUCUUAAAAUCUGCUGGAGCAGCUGUACCUCGGGAGCUCAUUACUUCACGAUAUGCAGCUGGUUCAUUCUCUAGUGGCAAGGGCCAGAAAAGGAGAAAGCAUGGCUGCUGAAGUCUCAAUUGCCUUAUCUAUUUUCUGGCUUCAAGUCAACUUGUUGGAAAUAUUUAAUGAGUCACACAGAACUCUCAUAGGAUAAGGCAAAACGAAACUUGUGGACUCACGGAAUACUGAAUAGCCGCAUAAUGCUGAUAGCCCUCUCCAAUCCUAAUAUAAUUUUGUUGUGCAGUUGUGGCAAAAAGUACAUACAACCAGUCCGAUCCUGCUUGUACUCAGAGUACAGCCAAAAACUACUUUGAUUUGCAGUCUAGAAAUCAGAUGUUGGACAUAGGUUGUGAAAUUCGAGGGAUUCUUAUGGUUUGUAAAUAUGCUGCCCUGGGAAAUGUUUGUUUGCAUGAUGAAGUGAACAGAGUGCAUAUUGGAGCACUAUUUUGAAUUACUGAGGGCAGUGAACAAUUUCUAUUGGAUUUGUGUAUUAAGAAGAAAAUGAUGCACGCCCCUUUCUCUGGUUGCAAAAGGUAUGCUGAACAGUAUUCUGUACAAGGGUCUACGUUUUGUUUAUAGCAUGAGAGACAAAUUUCAAAGCGAGCUUGUUGCCGUCUUGAGCAUAUCCGGUCUAAAAAAAGAGCUUUAACAGACAUUAGUUGGUUAACAUUCUGAUUGACAGUUGAUAGCUCUAUACGCCAAACUAUAAGCCGCUUGUGAUGAUUCUAAGAUCUCCAUUAAGCAUUAUUGACAGGAAUUUGUAGCCAUCUGAUGGCUUAAUUGGUUUAGGAUUUACAAGCACAAGGCGAGGAGGCUACACCGAUCAACCAUAGUCUUCCAACAAACUGGUGAAGAGAGGAAGCAGAUAUUGGACAACCUGGACUUAUGGAUGGAGUAAACUGAGAUUGGGGCAGUGACAGCCAAAUCAAAGUCGUUUCUCCCAACAAAAACUAACUCGCUGUUCUUGCCUCAGGUGGACUUUGAGCUGAAGAAAAGAUACCUGAAUGUUUCAAAGGAGACUGAGAACUGUGAUUUUUUUUCUCUGGUAAUUGCCAUACAAUCUCUAUUCUAGUAUCCCUACAUUUUAAUAGUCCUAAACUAGAAUGCAGGUUAUUCUUUUUGUCUGAAAUUUUUCGAAAAUUGUUGGGAAUCUAGGGUACGUAGACAGAUCUGAUAGAAGAAUUCAGACCUGAUAGGAUUAGAGCUACUUUUUAUUUUUGGACAUGCUGGACCACAAAAUAAAAGAGAAGGAACAACUACCUACUUUUUAUGACG